UGCCAUGCCGUAAAGCGCUUUCUACGACCGGGCUGCCAGUGAGUGAAGAGAGACUGAAGGCCCAAAAGCUUAUAAAUUAAUAGACGAUGAGAGUAUUGUUGUCAAAACGCACUUUCAUUUAAUAGACAGUAUUGUAGUCUUUCUCACGAUGAUCAUAGAGAAUGUGGAAGCCUUGAAGUCGUGGUUGGCAAAACUCCUGGAACCAAUAUGUGAUGCAGACCCCUCUGCAUUAGCCAACUAUGUGGUUGCUCUUGUGAAGAAAGACAAACCGGAGAAGGAGCUGAAAGCACUUUGUGCGGAUCAGCUGGAUGUCUUCCUACAGAAAGAGACGACAGGAUUUGUGGAUAAACUUUUCGAGUGUCUGACCACGAAAAACUACUUAGGAAGUCCUGCUACCAAGGAGGCUCCUAAAGAGGAGGUCAAACCGCCUGCAGUCAAACCUGAUGUUGUUGAAGCUGAAACUCCAGAGGAUGAGAGGGAAAACAGGUGGCGGAGAAGUCCACAGAGAAAUCGCCCUGACUUCAACGAUUCCAGGAGUCGUGACGACAGAAGAAGAGAUGAGCGCAAGCGCCGUGACUUUGAUCGGCAUGUGAAAAGCAGCAGCGACUCUUACCGUGAGCGGGAGCGGCACGAGCGUCGCAGGGGGAGCCCCCGUGGGAGGAGCUACAGCCGCAGCCGGAGUAGGAGUGGCAGCCGAGGGAAGAGCAGGGACAGGGAGCACAGAGGUGGCAGAGACUUUAAGUCAAAGUUUGAGUUGGACAGAAAGGAUACUGAUGGCUACAACUCUUCAAACACGGGCUCCCAGCAGCAACAACACUCAGCCCCUCUGCUUCCCCUACCCACACCUGCGCACCCUUUUUCCUCCACGUCUUCAUCGUCCACUGGAGUCUCGGGACCUGGUGGCGUUCCUGUUGCGACAUUGGCUCACCUGCCUGAUAGUACCACAGACAGCUGGUCUAGCUACUACAACGCCCAGAGGCAAGACGGCAUUGGGAAGCCAUUCAUCAACAAGAGCAUUUCACUCAAACAGCGUUGCAGGGAUUAUGAUGAAAAAGGAUUUUGCGUCCGUGGGGACCUUUGUCCGUUCGACCAUGGCAACGACCCUCUCAUUGUGGACGAUGUCAAUCUACCAAAUAUUAUUCCCUUUCCACCCCCACCGGUUAUGCCCCCCGCUGGCCUGCCCAUGCCUCCAAUCACUGAGCCACCCCCUGCCCAUAGUUUUCCUCCACCACUUUUCGGCCAGCCACCACCUCCGGGCAUCUUCCCCAUGACAGGACCCCCACUGAUAGCAACCAGUGGGAUCGAAACCAUUAACCACCAGUCCGGGAUCACUUCUUCUCCUCCAAUUGGACCACCUGGUGUGGGGCUGCUGCCUACUCUUCCUCCUCCUCCUCAGCCUCCUCCUCCUUCCUCUGUGUCAUCUGUGUCUCUUCAUCCCCAAUAUGUCCAGUCUGAAUAUAACUACGAUCCAGAAGGCUACAACCCAGAAUCCCCAGGCAUGACCGCAGCAGGUUGUAACCAGUACCGUCAGUUCAUUCCCCGAGUCCAGACCCAGCGCUCCAAUCUCAUUGGCCUCACCUCCAAUGAAGGACAAGGAUCCAGAGCUGCAAACAUAGUGAUCCAGACAGAGCCAGUCACAGCAGCCAGCAUUCCGGGGAACAACGUGUCGCGUUUCAGUGCAGAGCAGGGCGCCAGGAAGAGAGCCCUCGGACAUAAUACAGCAGACGUACCGGCAGCGAAGAAACCCUGGAUGGUGAAGACAAACUUCAACAAUCAAUAUAAGAGUUGUUUUCCCAAGAGGACUCAGUAUGUGAACACCAAGCUGGAGGUGCGCAAGAUCCCCCGUGAGCUCAACAACAUCACCAAGCUCAACGAGCACUUCAGCAAGUUUGGAACCAUUGUCAAUAUACAGGUUGUGUUUGGUGGCGACCCAGAGGCAGCGUUGAUUCAGUACACGAAGAAUGAAGAGGCCAGACAGGCCAUAUCCAGCAUCGAAGCGGUCCUCGACAACCGAUUCAUCCGCGUGUACUGGCACCGCGAGCCCAACACCGCCGGGCUUCAGCAGCAGGAGCAGAACGCGGGGAAUCAGAUGGCAGGGUCAGCUCCCAACCAAGGGCUGCAGCACAGCAACGUACAUAGGGGAAUAAAACAGCACAAUCCGGCCGCUUACGUCUUGAACAAGACUAUACCAAAGCAUCGUCUGGUGGUGGCAGCUGGGGACAGUGCUGCAAUUAAGAUGGACGGCCCGAACACGGAUGCUGCCACUGUGAUGCCUGCGAUGACAGCCACUCAGAAGAGUCCUUACGCGUCCACGGCACUCAAGUCGUCCUCAAAGAGCCUUGGGAAAACGGGAAAAGCACUAGAAGCGCAGGAAGUCCUCAAGAAGAAGCAGGAGGCAUUCAAACUUCAACAGGACAUGACAAAGAAGAAGCAAGAGAUGUUAAAGACACAGAUUGAGUGUCAGAAGGCAUUGAUAAACCGUCUGGAGAAAAAUCGAGGCAUGAAACCGGAGGAGAGAGCCAACAUCAUGAAGACCCUGAAGGAGCUGACGGACAAGAUCGCCCAGCUACAGAAUGAAAUGAAUCCUGCGUCUCAGGUCUCCAGCACCAAGUCCAAUCACAGUCAGACCAAGACCAAGGUGGAUGCCCAGAAGGAACUGCUGGAUGCAGAGCUGGACUUUCACAAGAAGAUGAGUUCUGGGGAGGACACGACGGAUCUCAAGAGAAAACUGGGGCAGCUACAGGUGGAGGCGACACGACUGGGUUUGAUCCGGUCUCCCUCAGGUCGAGGUCGGGGUCGCGGGAAGAUGGCACUCGAGCCUGGGUCGAUGCACAUGGGCCGCGGAAGGGCCCGAAGCCGGGAGAUGAUGGGCCGAGGUGGAAGCGUGAACCGCAUGGUAGUCGACCACAGACCCAGAGCCUUGGCUAUUUUGGGGGUCACUCAGGAAGAAAAGGAAGAGCUCAUGCCACACUUCGUGAAAUUUGGGGAGAUUGAGGAUCUACGCGACCAAGACGCCACCACUGUUGUCAUGACCUUUAAAACACGGAGUGAAGCAGAGAACGCUGCUAACCAAGGAGCGAAGUUCAAAGGUCGAGUGCUGCAGAUUUCCUGGUACAAACCGAAGACGCCCUCCGUUACAACAGAGCCCGAGGAAGAAGAGUCUAAAGACGAGGACAAUAAGAAGGAAGCAAGCACUUACUUGCAUGGUGAGGAGGAAGAGGAGGAGGAGGAAGAGGACGACGACGAAGACGACGAGUACGAGAGCCGAUCAUGGAGACGGUGAAGGCGCCGCCUCUGUUGUCACCCGUGAUCUGUGACCCUCCAGCAGACUGACUUAUUUUUGCAGAUAAAAAUCAACACAACAGAACUCACUUUUUUUUUUCUUUUUGUUUUUCCUUUCCAGUAUUUUUCAAAAUUUAAGUCAUUUUUAGACACUAUUUGAAGUGAAAACAUCUUUACUGUACAUCAAAAGAAGUUUAGAGGGUCAACAGUUGUUAGUUUGUUUUCCUCUCCUUUUGUAUCCCUCGAUUAAAUUAUUUAAUACAUCUCACUUUUGCUGAGAAAGAUAAAUGUUGAGUUGUUCAUAGAUAGCAAAUAUGUAAGUUUGAGUGUGCUUACCAGAUGAUUAAUAUCAGUAAUGCACAACAUUUGUGUCUACUGUGAAUAGGUAUUUUUAUACAUUACGGUAUUUAAGCUCUUUUCUCACAUAGUUUUGAAACAAAUCUUUUUCCUUUUUCCUUGCCCUUCAGGGAACAGUCAUUCCAUCGCUAAUCAAACGUUCGCUGUCGCUGCCAGAGAAAUAUUUAUUUAUUUUUCCACUGCACAAAUUGCACUGUGCCAUACCUGUCUUUAUUGGCACAGUAUGGUAUGGGGGAAAAAAAGGAUUUAAAUUUAAAAAAGAUUAGCAGUGGCUUUCAUUGGCAUGAACACAGUCUAGUUUGUGCAUGUUGCAGAGUCACUUUUUUCUCUCUCUCUAUUCACACCCCCCCCCCCCAUCACUCUGUACCACCACGACAUUAGAGCCAGUGCCGGUACAGAAGGAAACCAGUGCAAUAGAUUAAUAAACAAAAAUAAUCCCCACAACAAACAAUGUUUACAAAUAGACAAUUCCAUGCAUCUCACAUACAGUGUCUCCCCCCCCUCCCACUCCCCACGUGUGUAUUUAUUUCUUCGCUCAUUGUCUGGUGCCACUCUUGUGUAAAUUCAAACAACAUUUUCUAAGAGUGUCGAUUACAAUUUUAUUUUGUCACCUGGUCACACUAAGGAUCGAACUAAAAAGAAAAAGUAGGAGAGAAAAGAUCCAUAGACGGGUGUCUGAAUGUAAUACUGAACCGUUGAUUUUAAUAUAUAUAUUUACAUAAAUAUAUAUAAAUAUACAUAAUUUCUUUGCCUUACACAGUCAGCACAUGGCUGGAUUUUUACAAGAUUUGUGAUUUACUUUUGUAAAUUUUGUAAAUGCUUGAAAGAGGAAAAUUACUGUUGUGUUUCCUUUGG